UUUGGGUACUUCAUUUUAGAAUUAGCUACCAAUACUGGUGCUUUUGCAAAAAGUGCAGCAAUGUUGGGGAAUUGUGAGGAACAUACUGCAUUGUCUCGUGCUUUGUCUCAGUUGGCUGAAGUAGAAGAGAAAAUUGAACAGUUACAUAGCCAUCAAGCUGGUCAAGAUUUUUUCCUUCUAUCAGAAUUACUUAAGGAUUACAUCUCUCUCAUUGGAUCUGUUAAGGAUGUAUUUCAUCAGAGAGUCAAAGUAUAUCAAACUUGGCAACAUGCUCAACAAGUUCUUACGAAGAAAAGAGAACAGAAAGCUAAGCUUGAGCUGGCUGGAAAAGCUGAUAAAAUACCUCAGGCUAAGGAAGAAGUCAUUGAAUGGGAGGCCAAGGCAGAACGUGGCCAAGAAGAAUUUGAAAAUAUUUCAAAAAUGAUUCGCAAAGAAGUUGAACGUUUUGAGAAGAGUAGAGUGCAUGAUUUUAAAGUCAGUAUUGUAAAAUACAUGGAGUCCCUCCUAGAAACUCAGCAGCAGUUGAUUAAACACUGGGAAUCAUUUUUGCCUGAAGCCAAAGCUAUAGCUUGAGAUUAUAACAAAAGUGAUUUUAUGAAUAUAAUAAUUCACAUGCGUAUGUAUGUAUGUUACUGGAUAAACAUUGAAUCACUAGCUGGUACCAGUGAUUUAAAGGUCUGAAGAGGUGAUAUAUGAUUAAUUUUAAAAGAAGAAAUAUAUUAUGUGGAAGACUUGUGGACUUUUCUUGCUCACAUUCCCAGGUUUCAUAUUUUCUGUACUUCAUGUCUAUUCCGACUUCAAUAACUUGUUUAAAUUUCUUGCUGCAGCAGUAUUGUUUAUAGUUUCCAAAAUAAUUAUAUAUGAUUCUUAUGAAAAUAACUGUUGACUUAAUUAUGUGAAAACAUAUGUACAGUUACAGCUUAAAGUUGUAUGUUUAACUUUUGUGAUUAAAAUGUUAUACGUUUGAUUAUA